AUGCCGAAAACCAACAUUGUCAAUAAGCCCUUAAAUCCUGAAUUAAAGGAAAAAGAUAUCAACCGCAAGUUGCAAAUCUAUGGCAUAUACUCGGCUUUCAAAAAUGGCAAGGUGCCAUCGAACAAGCAAAUCGACAUUGCGCUAAACAGUGCUCUCGAAUCGAAGCCAUUUGCUAGGCCGUCGAACCGACUGUCGGAAGACGGCCGUAUAGUGGCCCAGGAUAUCAGCAACGUUAUUACCAGUGCUAGGAAUCUCGUUCUCGUAAAGAACCAGGGAAAUCUCCUACAAGAGUUCAUCUGGGAUGCAGAACAUUUGCAACGUCCGGAUGUGGGAACUACUGAGAAGCCAGUGCAACGAGAGGGUGCCAAACAAGAUGGCCAACAGGUUGCCGAGGGCUUGAAAACGCUUGGGACGCUCUUGGUGACGAAUGGGGAAUUUAGAAAACUCCUUAAUGAUGCCACUCUGCUUCUACGUGAUAUGGCUAGCGAUUCGGCGCAAAAAGCGGCCAAUAUUAUGCGACCGCCGGAGGAGCAGCUUUCCCAGAUCGACAAACCAGCUGCCGAAAACGUCUGGCAUGAAAAGCCUGACAUGUCAAAAGAUGCUGUAAGGUCCCGUAUGAAGUCAAAGACUCAAAAAGACAAAGGUGUGGACGGGACAGCAGGGACUGCUCACACAAACGGGGCGGCUGCUCAAACCAACGGGACUGUCAAUGGCGAAGUUACCGAAGAAGCGAAGACCCGCAAGAAUGAGUUUACGGAGAAAACCAAACAGUUUCUCGCCUCGAAGAUGCCAAAAGAACGUCGAGAGCAGACGAUUUGGCGCGUGAAAAAGAUGAUUGUUGAAAUCCAAGGGCAUUCUGACUUCCUAACGGGGAAUGUGACCACAGACCAGCAAGCUAUUGAAACCCUUUUGUCAAUCGCAGAGACCUAUACCGGGCAUACCAAAAAUCUAUCCCAGCAGGGAGCAGGGAACUUGAAAGGCGCGAGGGAUGAGUCACCCGGCAUCAAAAAGCUGGAAACCAACCUUAGAAUACUCAUUGAGCGUUGCGCUAAUAGUACAUCGCUUGACGACCUCUUCGACGCUAUCAAUAAGAUUUAUCGAGAUGCUGACAAUGAUCCCCGUUUAAGGGAAUGGUUCCGUUCGGUGAACACCUUCAUACGCCGAUGUCUUCAAGAACAGGGGUUUGUCUUGCAAGAUGAAUCGAAUGAAGAAUGGAGUAGAUUAUACGACGAGGGACAGUAUCUUUUCCGGGACCGUUAUCGGGAAGACACCAACCGCGUCAUCGGCGAGAUGAAAUUUAUCGGCGAACAGUUCGAUCAAGACCCCCUUAACAAACGACUCUCCCAAUCUUUGCAGAAACUAUUCAUUGAUCUUGGUACUGAUAUGCAAGGGAGGGUUGUUUUCAAGAAACACCUACUGAGAGAUUUUACUAAUGUUGUCUUACCCGGAAUUUUUGAAAGUCUUCAUUACAUUCCCAUUCCUCGCAUUGAGGUCUCUGAUCCAAUGGUCGAUAUGGUCGUGGAAAAUCUUGCGGUUGAAACUGACAAUUUGAUCCCGAACGUGCUCGAAUUUGGUAGCGAUAACUAUUGGCGUUGGGGCCGCAAGAAAAUCAGUAAUAAGCACGACAACAAGGUAAUGAUAUCUGCCACGGGAGUGCAAACUGAUCUGAAAGAUGUGAGUUACUAUAUCAGGAAAAAGAAAGGAUUCCCAAGAAUUUCGGACUCCGGUAUCAUGGACAUUUAUCUCGGCGGGGAAGGAUUCAGCUUUAGGAUUGCUGGGUCGACAUCUCAAACCCACGACCGACAGCAUUUCAUCAAACCUGAAAUCGUUGAUGUGACCAUCAAAAACCUCGACGUGAAGCUUAAGAAGUCGAAGCACAAAUUCCUCUUCACAAUGUUCCGGCCACUGCUAUUCAAGGUCAUGCGGCCGGCCAUCCAGAAAGCACUUGAAAAGCAGAUUCGUGAUUCCUUUACAAAGGGCGACGCCUUCGCGUAUGACAUUUACAUGGAGGCCCAACGCACUCGAGAGGCCGCCCGAGCCGAUGCUGAAGACAAACGGAGCAUGUACGCACAUUACAUCGCAGCGACACGCAAGAAAAUGGCCGAAAGGAAAGAGCAAGCCCAGAAGAAGGCAGAAGCUACUGCCAAGCGCGAUACCAAAGUCAAUAUGGCUGUCACUCAGCACGAUUCCAUUUUCCAGGGGAUUAGUUUGCCAGGAGGGAUCUCGACAAAGGCUACGGAGUACAAGGAGCUUGCUGCAAAGGGUGACCGAUGGGAGUCACCUGUCUUUGGCAUUGGUAGCGCAUCAGAGACCACUAAUUUGCCUCAGCUCCCACCGACGACACGCAAACCGCAUCAAAUCGUUGUCGGGUCCCGCGAGGAUGAUGCCGCGCAACGUAGGAAGCGAGAAGAGCAAAUGUAUCAACGUGAUCGAACUGCUGCUUCUAGAGAUUACGGAGAACCUGUUGGUUUCGCAUCUCAGCCUCCAACGACCUAUCCAUCGGUUCCAAUUUCACAGCCAGUACAGCCAGUUACCCACGCCGUCCCCUCAGUCCCUGGCAGUGCAUUAGUCGAUGAGACUGCCCGCGGUGAGCGUACCGGGGGUACUGGCACUACGGGGAUGCUGAAUGGUCCACACACCAUUCCCGGCACUAGAGCUCCGAUCUAA